AUGGAAUUUGAAGUAAUUGCCACAUGUCACACUACCCGAGCUCGUGUAUCUCGGAUGAAAUUAGCUCAUGGCAUAACCAUGCUGCCGACCUUCAUGCCUGUCGCUACUCAAGCUGCGAUCAAAGGACUCACACCCCAGCAGAUGGAGUCCUUAGGCAUCACCCUGAUCCUGAACAACACCUACCACCUCAAUUUGCGACCUGGAAUGGAAGUACUCCGAGAAGCAGGGGGCGCGCAUAAGUUCCAAGGAUGGGAUCACAAUCUUUUGACGGAUAGUGGAGGUUUCCAAUUGGUUUCACUUAGUAAAUUCACGCAAAUUACGGAAGAGGGCGCACUGUUCGCAAGCCCUUUCACUGGAGAGCCAACGAUGUUGACACCAGAAGAAAGUAUUUCGAUACAACAUGCCAUUGGUGCAGAUAUUAUCAUGCAGCUAGACGACGUCGUUUCCAGUUUGACUGUGGGAUCAAGGGUAGGCGAGGCCAUGUGGCGAUCUGUUCGGUGGCUUGAUCGUUGCAUACGUUACCAUGAAAAAGCAGGCAGGCAAGGUGUUCAAAAUUUAUUCGCAAUCGUGCAAGGCGGUCUUGAUCCAGAGCUGAGGGAUCAAUGCCUUGGCGAGAUGAUCAAACGAAAGGAUUCAGUAGCGGGGUAUGCUAUAGGUGGGUUAAGCGGAGGCGAAGAAAAAGAUGUUUUUUGGAGAAUAAUCGAACAAUGUACUGCAAAGCUUCCUGCAGAUCGACCACGAUAUUCCAUGGGUAUUGGGUUUGCAGAAGAUCUUCUGGUUUGCGUAGCCCUAGGCGUCGACAUGGCAGAUUGCGUGUUCCCAACGCGCACGGCCCGAUUUGGAGUUGCACUUACAUUUUAUGGCCCACUUAACCUGAAAUUGAACAAGCAUGCAAAAGAUUUCAAUCCGAUCGACGACACUUGUCCGUGUCCAACUUGUAGUGACGGCGUUUCCAGAGCUGUACUUCACCACUCUGUCACUCGAGAAACAGCGGCCGCUCACUCUAUCACCCAACAUAAUCUCGCAUUCCAGGCUCAGAUUAUGGGACGGGCACGCGAUGCAAUUGUAGAUGGGACGUUCCCAGCAUAUCUACGCGUGUUCUUUUCCAACUACUUCAAGGAGGAUGGCUACCCAGAAUGGUGUGUCAAUGCAUUGCGUAGCGUUGGCGUGGACUUGCUCGAGGGCAACCCAACAGCGAAAGUGAAUAGAGGAGAUGGUGCAAAAUAA